AUGACUGCCAAACAUGAAAAUGUUAAAUGGGUUGACGGUCUUCGAGGUAUAGCAUCACUCCUAGUAGUCUUCACCCACAUAGCUCGAGCCUUCGACGGAGAUCUCUUCCUCCCCAGUUCCGGCGCCGGACUUCGUCCUCGACCCCUCCAACUCCCCAUCCUUCGCAUCAUCGUCCAGGGACGCAUUGGAGUUACCAUCUUCUCUCUCGUCACCGGCUAUGUGUGCGCUCUCAAACCCAUUCGUCAAUGUCGAGCUGGAAAUCAACCUGCGUGUUUUACAUCGAUUUCCCGCUCUGCUUUUCGUCGAGUGCCUCGUUUGGUAUUACCAACCACCAUCGCUACGGUUAUCAUAUGGUUCCUGUGUCAAUUUGGAAUAUAUAAGAUUGCGAAACGAUGUGAUAGUUGGUGGGUAGAAGCUACUUCUCCGGAUAUUACGCCGUAUUUUGGUGAUGCGGUCAAAAGUUUGUUGUAUCAUUUGAUUACGACGUGGACGAGGGGUUGGAAUAUUUAUGAUGGGAAUCAGUGGACGCUAUUGCCUUUGUUGAAGGGGGCAAUGUUGGUUUAUAUUUUUAUGUUGGGCACUGCGGGGAUGAAACCGAGGUAUAGGAUGAUGUCGACCGCAUUCGGUAUGCAAUUCUUUUUCGGAACCUUCCUCUCAGACCUCUCUCAACAUCCACCCCACACUCAAUGGCUUACCACCGUCACUUGGCCCCGCUAUUACCUAGCCCCCGCGCUUAUCCUCCUCGGUCUCAUAUUCGCCUCCUACCCAGAAGGUAAACCCGAACUUCAAGCCUGGUCUCAAUCCCUCUACAACCUCUCUUUCUGGAUCUUCCCCAACGACCCUGACAUCCCACGCUAUUACUCUGGUCUCGGUCUCGAUUUAAUUGCCCUCGGUAUACAUUUCUCCCCUUCAUGUAAAGAUUUCCUCUCCCAUCGUUAUUUACUUUGGUUUGGUAAAAAUAGUUUCGCGGUUUAUUUGAUUCAUGGGACGUUGUUGAGAACGUUGUUGAUUUGGAUGUUAUAUGGUGUUUCGAUGCCGACGGAAACAGUUAAUGAGGAGGGGGAAAUGGUAAAGGGGGUAUUGCGAAUGGGAGGGAGAGUUAGAUGGUAUACGAUGAUGUUGAUUUGGUUCGUGAUACUGUAUGGAUUGGCGAAUGCGUGGACGAAGUGGGUGGAUCCUUGGUGUGGGAGAGUGACGCAGAGGUGGGAGAGGUAUGUUUUUGAGGAGGAUGGGGAGGUUGGGGGUGGGGGUACGAAUGGGAACGGGAAUGGGAGUAGACGUGGGAGUCAAAAUGGAGGGACAGAGAAGGGUUUACUUGGCUAA